AUGGGAGCCACUGCCCCAGUGUGACCUGUCUCUAAGGUACGACAAAGUAAAAAACACCUGUCCAGCUCCCUCAGACACCUCCCAGUAUGGAUGGCUUGGUUGAGCAGAACAGCGUGCUAAUGCACAAUAAGAUCGCUGAAGCCGGGAAAAGGAAUGGUUUGAUUAAUACAAGGAACUUAGUGGCAGAGAGCCGAGAUGGUCUGGUCUCUGUGUACCCGACCCCCCAGUACCAGAGCCACCGAGCGAGCAGCCUUUCCUCUCCGAGCUGCCUGGAGAAUGGCAGGAAUGACCCCGUGCAACAGCUCCUGGACCCCAACAUGCUGCAGCAGACAGUGGAGUCUCACUACCGGCCCAACAUCAUCCUCUACUCGGAGAACGUGCUGCGCUCGUGGGGCGAGAGCAUUGGCUCGGAGUGCUGUGAAACUACCUUCAUCGAGGACCGCUCUCCCACCAAAGACAGCCUAGAGUACCCGGACAGCAAGUUCAUCGAUCUCUCAGCAGAUGACAUCAAGAUUCAUACCCUCUCCUAUGAUGUGGAGGAAGAAGAGGAUUUCCAGGAGCUAGAG